GCAAGAUGGUGGCGCGCAGGAGGAAGCGUGCGGCGCGGGACUCUGAGAAGGGGAUUCUGAGCCCGCCGGGCUACUCAGCCAUUCCGAUCAAAUUCUCUGAAAAGCAGCAGUCAUCUCAUUACCUCUAUGUGAAAGAGCACAAAGUUCGAGAAGGCACCAAGUCUUCCUGGCCUCAGAAGCGGACCCUUUUUGUCCUCAAUGUGCCCCCAUACUGCACAGAGGCGUGCCUGUCCCGCCUCCUCUCCCCCUGCGGCCCCGUCCAGUCGGUGGAGUUACAGGAGAAGCCGGACCUUGCUGAGAGCGCCAAGGAGCCAAAGUCAGAGUUCUUUCACCCCAAGCCGGUUCCUGGGUUCCAGGUGGCCUACGUGGUGUUCCAGAAGCCAGGUGGGGUGUCAGCGGCCUUGGCCCUGAAGGGCCCUUUGCUGGUCUCGACAGAGAGUCACCCUGUGAAGAGCGGCAUCCACAAGUGGAUCAGAGACUACGCAGGCUCUGUGCCGGACCCCGAGGCCCUGAGGGUCGAGGUGGACACAUUCAUGGAGACGUACGACAAGAAGAUAGCUGAGGACGAGGCUAAGGCCAAGGAGGAUGAAGGGGUCCCCGACGAGGAGGGCUGGGUGAAGGUGACCCGCCGUGGCCGGCGGCCGGUGCUCCCGAGGACAGAGGCGGCCAGCCUGCGGGUGCUGGAGAGGGAGAAGCGGAAGCGCGCCCGCAAGGAGCUGCUCAACUUCUAUGCCUGGCAGCACCGUGAGGCCAAGAUGGAGCAUCUAGCGCAGCUGCGCAAGAAGUUUGAGGAGGACAAGCAGAGGAUUGAGCUGAUGCGGGCCCAGCGCAAGUUCCGACCCUACUGAGCCUCGCCCGCCCACAGGCCCCGGGGAGAGCGGUGGUGACCAGGUGGCAGCGUGUGGCCAGCGAGGACACAGGGGCCUAGAGCGCUCAUCUCAGCGGCUGUGCCCAUGUUGCGGGGCCCAUGUGUCAGCCCCAGAGAUCUGAGCCCACACAAUGUGCGGUGGACAGUGUCACCCCUCGGUUCCUGUGCUUCCACGGUCCUGGGGCCCGGCACGAGGACGUGGCCUCUAGGAGUCACUGGCACAGGAAGUGGCUCCUUCCCUGCCCUGGGCUCCGUCCCCAGCCUGUCUCUGGACUCUCCUCUCAGGGCUACGUGUCUGCGAUACUCUCUCCCCUUCCUCCUCAUGGAGACGCCCCCACGGGCCGUGAGGCACCCAGACGUGGUGUGGAAGCAGGAAGGUUUUAUUUUUCAUCUGGCAGAAAAGGCUACAAAAGCCGGGUGGACCCAUCCCAGCCCCUCUCCCUACCCACUACCCAGUCACAGAACAGAUAAUUCCCACAUCCAGACACCGUCUCCCCUUUGAGGUCACAGAUCUUAAAGUCAGAAUCUUGUAUCCCGUCCCCUCCACACCCCCCCCCCCCCCCCCCCCCCCGCAGCUCUGCCACAGGAUUCUCUUCCGGCCAUGCUGGUCUCUAGGGUCACGGGGCCUGUCCCCAGCACGCCUGGCCUGGGCUUGGGAGCUGGGAGUCUGGUGCUGAGCAGCUGUCUGCAGGCCCAGGCCCAGGGCUACAGGUGGGCUGGGAGCCUCUCCUUGCUCUGUAGAAAGGAGCCUACGACACCAGCCACGCGCUCGGGUUGGUUCAUGUGUACGUAGUGACUGCCGGCAACGUCAACAUACUGGAACCUCUGGGGAAGGGAGGGGACACAUGGUGAGGUGACCCACAGAGGGCUCUGCGGGCCCCUUUGGCGCACUGGGGCUUUCCCGUGGCCUGCGGCCUCCCAGUGGUUCCGAGGGUCCACUGCUCUACGGGCCACAUGCAGUCACAGCACCCCCUGGGGGAGUCGGGGCCAGGCUCACAGCCAGUGAGAAAGGCCUGGAGAGCCCAAACCCUGGGGUUCGAGGCCAUGUUGAGCUGAGGUUGUAGAGCUAGGCGGGGGAGGGGCCAGUAGCCUGGAGAGGCUGCAGCUGGUUCUGAUCACGUGAGGUCUGCUUGCAAAAGGAACGAACAGCCUUCCCAACUCGUCCUUGCGCAGGAGGAAGCCAGACAAGGCAGGAAGGCGCUGCACGUUGGCUGGCUUGCCAUGCACGGGCUUCCCUUUUGUUACGCCACCAAGUUGUCUGCACAGGCCCCAAGAUCAGGUGUUUGUGGUGGACGACAAUCAUAAAAUGCCAGGUGCCCCCAGGAACCCCGGCCAAGGUCAAAGUCACAGCCCACGUCCCAGCCCUCCAACUUGGAGGCCAGCACCCACUGAUGGGACUGUUCAUCUGCCUCCAUUUGGGACCCUAGAAAAUUAUGGCAGUGCUGAGCUGGGCUUGGCCCAGGGACUACAUACAUGAGGACAAUAAAACUGGGAGAUUCUGCCAAUGAGAA